CGUGCAUUAACGACUUCAACGAUGAGUGAAGCUAAAAGAACAAAGAGAAAAGUGAACGACACAUUUAAUCUUUAUCAUGGCAAAAUAAAAAAAGAAAAAAACUAACGCAAUUCUGAGUAGUUUGGUAAUGGUUCCAAAACGUUUUGAAUUUCGCGCGUCCGAGCUGCGCACGCGCAGUUCGCUCAUGGCGUUUCUACAAAACCCGCUGUUGUUUUUUCAUUAAUUACGUCAGCACGAUUUGACGUCAGUAGCUUCGAGAAUCGUUUCCUUACCCUCUCCUACUGUACAGCUUCUGAUGAAACGUUGUUUUCCCUGAAUCUCAUUCACGUUCCGAGUCCCGUUAUUGACACGUCACGAUAGUCGAACUUGUCAAAUAUAGAACACAAUUCCACGAAACCUUAGGGUUCAGAGUGACGUUGAAGAAUAUAUCAUUCUUGCAUCAAUUCUGGAAUAAUCACUGUCUAUAAUAUAAUCGCGCCUAAUUUUGUGCCCAGAUUGCUUCGCAAGAAAUCGACCGAGAUGAGUUACGGUUAUCAAGGACCACCAGUGAUUCAAUUUCCGGGACACACACCACCACCGACAUCAUUCGGGGCUCCACCUGGCACACCCUCUGCUCCUGGUGCUUAUUCUCAAAGUGGCAGCAUAGGCUUCACGAGUGGUGCACCUGUGUCUUUUGGAAUGCCACAACCUUAUUCACCGUAUCCUUUCACACCUUAUCCGCCACAAUCUGGCCAUCCCAUGCCAAAUCAGUAUCCUCCUCCAGCACCGGGAGCUCCUGUCCAACAAAUGCCUGUGCCCAUGCCGCAAUCAACUCCAUCCUAUCCGUUUCAACAGCCGUGUAACAAUUCGGGACAGCCUUCUGCAUAUCAGCAACAACGAGAUUAUAACUUGUAUCCAAAUCUUCAGACUGUACCGGUUGCAAAAGAAUGUUUUAAUACACCUUCUCCAUAUAACUCUGUCUCUGCCUCUGACGUUUAUUCAAAUAACUCAAGCUUUUAUCAAGGCAGAAGCUAUCCUGGGGGACAGGGUGCAGGAUUCUAUCCUCCACACGAAACUAAUUCUUUCACCUAUCAACCUAAACCAGCCCCAGCCCCCCGAAAAAGUCAGUUUAUAACCAAGUUGUCGCCUACGGUUGUACCAUACAAUGAUUUUGAUGCCAGAGCAGAUGCAGAAAUUUUGAGGAAAGCAAUGAAAGGUUUUGGUACGGAUGAGAAAGCUAUUAUUCACGUGCUUGCCAAUCGCAGUAAUCUGCAGCGUCAAGAAAUUGCUGUUCAAUUUAAAACUCUCUAUGGAAAGGAUCUUAUAAAAGAUUUGAAAUCUGAAUUGUCGGGCAAUCUCGAGAAACUGGUUCUUGCUAUGAUGAUGCCGUUGCCGCAGUUUUAUGCCAAAGAAUUGCAUGAUGCAAUGUCUGGUAUCGGUACCGAUGAAUGCGUUCUCAUAGAAGUAUUGUGUACUAUGUCCAAUCACGAGAUUCGUGUGAUUAAACAAGCUUACGAAGCAAUGUACGGGAGAACAUUAGAAGAUGACUUAAGAGACGAUACCUCCGGGAAUUUCAAGCGGUUAAUGGUAUCGUUGUGUUGUGCCAACAGAGAUGAAUCAUUCGACGUAGACGCAGCGGCCGCUGUAGAAGAUGCCAAAGAACUUCUCAGAGCUGGUGAACUCCGUUUCGGAACUGACGAAUCAAUGUUUAACGCAAUACUUGUUCAAAGAAACGUUCCACAAUUGAGACAGAUAUUUCAAGAGUACGAAAAUAUUACCGGUCACACAAUCGAGGAUGCGGUCGAGAACGAGUUCUCGGGUGAUAUUAAAAAAGGUCUUCUAGCUAUCGUGAAAUGCGUUAAAAACAGAGCUAGUUUUUUUGCUGAGCAAUUAUACAAGAGUAUGAAAGGUCUUGGCACAGAUGAUGAUCGCUUAAUCAGGCUUGUUGUCACUCGUUGCGAAGUGGACAUGGGAGAAACCAAACAAGUAUUCGGACAACAGUAUAACGAAUCGCUAGAAGAUUUUAUAUCUGUUAGUAUCAAUUAAAAAAAGAAUUGCAAGAAAAUUAAUUGAUUGAAUCUAACAACUGGUUUUUUCCUUUUUUUUUCAGGGUGAUUGUUCCGGUCAUUAUAAGAAAUGUCUUCUAGCACUUGUCUCUUAAAACUACACCAGCAAAAAAUAUGACAUAAUACUUCAUCGCAUUUAAUGGUGAAUUUGAAGUAUUAAUAUUUACAUUUAUUUAUUUACUUACUCGUUGUUUAAUAUGUUAUAAAUGAGCCACGUUAUCAUAUUGAAAUAUUUUUAUAAAUGAAAUAUGUUCCUAAGAAAACUUACAAAACUCUAUAUACGAUGUUUACACAAGACACAGAGCAUACAAAUUUCAAAUUUUGAAUUCAAUUGAAUCUGAAUUAUUAUUAUUAUUAUAAUUAUAGAAGUAUUCUAUAAGUAAAGCC